UUCUCUUCGUCUCUCUCUCUCUCUCUCUCUCUCUCUCUCUCUCCGAAGCCAUUUUCUCCGAACGCUAGGGUUUUCGCCAUGAACGACCUCGACUCCGUACACCGCCUCCUCCGAUCCCUCCCCACCAUUUGAUCUCCCCCACCCACGCGCCCCCACUCUCUCUUUCUCUCUCCCCCCUUAGGGUUUGCUUCGCCUGGGGUUUCGAGCUCUGGUCACGGCUCCGAGAUUCGAAGAAGAGAGGGCGAAUUAGGGUUAGGGUUUCACGCAACUCGAUUGCUUCUGGAUUGGGGGGAUUUGGGGAUUCUACGCCGCGCCCUCUUCCCUACGGAAGCUCUACCCAUUUCACGCUGGAUCGGAAUCGCGGGCGAGGGAGACGAAGCGCCUGAAGGAGGACACCCCCCCGUCCCCUUCCGAUUCUAGGGUUUUUCGCGGUUCCUGUGUAUAAUUUAGGGCUCUGGCGAUCGAUCACUUGCUAUUCGGCUGCGAUUCGGUUGGGCGUCUAGGGUUUCCUGGAUAAUGUGUAUACUCUGCGUGGUCCAGAGGUGGUCGCGGCGGGUCGCCACCAUGCUCCCAUGGCUGGUGCUUCCUCUCAUUCUCCUCUGGGCCUUCUCCCAGCUCCUCCCCCCUGGGUUCCGAUUUGAGGUCACCUCGCCGCGCCUCGCCUGCGUCUCCGUCCUCUUGCUAACCCUCUUUUGGUACGAGAUCCUCUUGCCCCGUCUCUCCAUCUGGCGUGCCCGCCGAUCCGCCCGCCUCCGCGAGCGGCGGCGGGCGCAAGCCCUCGAGCUGCAGAAGCUGCGCAAGACGGCCACGCGCCGCUGCCGGAAUUGCCUCACCCCGUACCGCGACCAGAACCCCCCUGGCGGCCGCUUCAUGUGCACCUGCUGUGGCCAUGUUUCUAAAAGGCCCGUCUUGGAUAUUCCCGGUGCGAAGAGCGGAUGGAUUUGCAACCAGGAUUGGCCUACUGAUGGUGCCGGAAAUUGGGUCGGUCCCGAUCCCCGUCACUGGUUCGACGAUCGGUGUUCGACGGAGAAGUCGUAUUCGGGCGCAGUGGUCUCUGCCUUCACGCUGCUCUCGUGCUUUUUCUCGAGUGUGGGAUGGCUCUGCAGAAAGGUUUUCAGGUUUGGAUCUGGAGAGGACGGCUCUUCGGAUGGGGAUAAUAAGGGUUUAUCGAAGAGAGGGGAGAGUGAAGGGAAUUCGCAUGAGAGCAGAGGGGAGAAAGCAAGAAGGAAGGCUGAAGAGAAGAGGCAGGCUAGGUUGGAGAAGGAGAUGCUAGAGGAGGAAGAAAGAAAGCAGAGAGAGGAGGUCGCGAGGUUGGUGGAAGAAAGGAGGAAAUUGCGCGACGAGAAGAUGGAAGCUGAGGAGCGAUCUAAAGGUGCAACUCCUGUCGGAGAAAGAGAGAGCAGGAAGGAGGCGGAGAGAAGGAGGCAAGAGAGAAGGAAAGAGAAGGAUAAAGGCUCUAGCAAGAGCAAUUCUGACGUUGAGGAUGUUGAGAGGAGGUCGAGUAGGGAAAGUGAAAGGAAGCGCGAAUUCGACAAGAAGGGUGAGAACGAGAGGCCGAAUUUUCACAAAGGCAAUGCGGAGAACGCUAAGUUGCAUUCGAUGGAUAGUAGUUAUGGGAAUAAGGUGAUGACGAGUAAGCCCAAGUAUUUUGGUCACAUGGCGGACAAUUUUUUAACUUCGUCUAGAGGUUUCCCCGGUAACCCCUUUUUCAGGAGAAAUAAUCAGAGCUCCUCUGCUGCUGGUAACAAGGUAAGUAAAUCGGCUGUUGGGUUCAAUGAGCACAGCUAUGCAAUCAAAAGGGAUGCUCAAUCUGCUGCGCAAAUGCUCACAAAAUCUUCUUCAACUGGAGAUGACAGGAUUGGUGGGGCCAGCCUAAAUCGACCUGUAAGUUCGGAUGUGCAACCGCGAACAACUGCCCCGAAAAAAUCAUGGCAUCAUCUGUUUACUGGUUCUCCUGCUGUUUCUCCAUAUCCCGACAUGAGUUCCUCUAGUUGUCAAAACCAGCAUGGAAAUUUAGAACCUCAUAGUGUUAAAUUAACAAAUCAAAGAUUGCUGCCUAACUAUCCUCUUGAUAGUCAAAUGGGUUUUCGACAAUCUACGCCUUGCCAUGCAUAUCCUCCAAUAAAUGGGCCAUUUAGUAGCCCUUCUUUCUCUCACUUCACAGCUGGACCCAUGUUUCCUGCUAUCAAAGAGCCAGGGCCAACUUUGAUAUCAGAAGAACCAGAACUUUUCGAGGACCCAUGUUUUGAUGCAGAUGCCAUUGCCUUACUUGGGCCAGUUUCGGAAUCAUUGGAUAACUUUCCUUUGGACCUAGGUACUGGGUUUGUUUCAAGUGAUAAGACUGAAGCAUCUUCUGCUCUGAAAAGUGUAUCUUCUCCUGGUGAAGUGAAUAAGCCUUCCCCUAUUGAGUCUCCUUUGUCCAGGUCUCGAGUUUCUGAAGAAAAGAACACUACAAUUGGCCAGUUUUCGUGCUCUUCAAAGCCACAGGAAUUCAAUGCUUCAAAUAUGCACGAUUCGUUCAACGAACAAGGCACAUGGCAAAUGUGGGGUACUCCACUUGCUCAGGAAGGGCUCGGAUUCACUGGUGGGCCUUCCAGCUGGUUUUUUCCUAUAGGGCAGAACAAAUUUGGCCAAGAAAAUGUUCUCUCUUUGUCCCACAACCCUAUGAUAUCACAAAUUACAAAUGACAAUCAUGCCCUUCCUGCGAUUCGGUCUCCUCGCGCUGUUCCUGGUGUUAAUCAGCAGAAUGGUGGGACUUUCAGCCCUCUUAGUCCUAAUCUGAAUGGCAACAAUCCAUGGGCCCAGAAAUCUCCAUUCCAGCCAUUGCCUGUUGAGGAAGAAAGCCAUUUCCUGCCACUUAAUCUAAUGGAAAAUAUUGCGUGCAAGAAUGCGACCUAUGAAUUCCCAAAUAGACCAGAAGCUACCCUUCCUGUUGAGCUAUCUCAAGCUGAUUGUUGGCCCAAGAACGAAUGGGUGCGAAAUGGAACUCUCGAGGCCGGAACGUCGACCCCUGUGAGCCCGCAUAUCGGAAGUCUGUUUUCUACUAAUCCAGAUGUACAGUCGUCAGUCUGGUCUUUUGAUCAAAGAGGUGAAAAUUUACACAGUUGAAAGAGACAAAAAAGAGGGAAAAAAAAAAGAAAAAAAGAAAAGAAAAGGCGAGGACACCUUCGCCUCUUUUGAGAAGUGAGAUUCAGGAACUAGUUGCAGUGUAAUCUCUUUUGUCGCCGAAAAUGAUAUGGUCAUUUCAUUAGUAUGAAUAGAUUAUCUGCAUGCAUGGAUUCAUGCAUCUGAUGAGAAAAUGAAUGGUCAAAUAUGUUGCCUCUCUUGUAUUUUUUUUAGUUCUACUCCAACUUGCAUGUU